AUGAACGGAAGCUGCCGCGGGCAUUCUUCCUGCGCCUGCAGGGAUCGUGGAGAUUCUCCUUCCUGCGGAAGACGGCGUGGCAAAGCUGGGCUUCGCAAAGUACCGAUGGCCCCCGCAGGAUGGCACGCGCUACUUACAGCGGCUUCCAGCCCGCAUGCGCACAGACGACGUGGCCGGAAUGAAUGCGGUGGUCACGCCCGUUUGGCUCCUUGGCUUCUAGCGGCUAAGCCGACUCAACUCUUUGCUAGCUCGCGGUGUGCGGCACGUUCCUGCUGGGCAAGGGUGGUUCUCGAGCCAGUGUCUGGAACAGAAGGCCCUGAGGAGCCGGGGUCAACAUGUCAUGACCAUGGCGCCAUAACUUAUCCUGCCAUACCCCAUCAUACCCUCGUGUUCUUACAGAGCCUAACCCUUGGAGGAGGGAGAUGCUCUCCUUGUCACGGAGGCCUCUGGGCAUGGUCUUGGUACAGCUUGGCACCGGAAUCUGCUUGUUGCGUUUUGACCAUCGAGUCAUUUCCUUGCACUCCUGGUAGACUAUACCCAAACUGCAGAACUCUCCCUGAACUACAGCCAACGGAACAUGACUCGAACCUUCCGCAGGGCCGGGACCCUCGCAGCGAGCCGUUGGGGUGGCUGUGGCUCGGCAGUGGCUGGUUAGCGACGCUUCGAUUGGCAUCCUUACCUGUGCUGUAA